AUGCUGUCCCCUCAGAGGGCUUUACUCUGCAACCUCAACCACAUCCACCUCCAGCAUGUCUCUCUGGGCCUGCAUUUGUCUCGCCGCCCUGAGCUAAGGGAGGGGCCCCUGAGCACAUCCUUUCCCCCAGGGGACGCAGGGGGCAAGGAGAGCCAGGGCUCCUGCAGCGGGACGCUGGUGGAUGCCAAUUCCAACAGCCCAGCGGUGCCCUGCCGCUGCUGCCAGGAGCACGGGCCAGGCCUAGAAACCCGGCAGGACCCAGCACAGGAGGAAGAGGGGGCUGCCUCUCCCUCGGACCCGGGUUGCUCCUCCUCUCUCAGCUCCUGCUCAGAUCUUAGCCCUGAUGAGUCCCCCAUUUCAGUCUACUCGCGGGACCUCCCUGGUGACCAAAACGUCCACCCUCAGCCUAGCAUCAUCCCCCUGGAGCAGGGCUCCCCUCUGGUCUCCACCGGCCCUGGCGCCUGCUCUCCCGACAGCUUCUGCUGUUCUCCUGACUCCUGCUCCGGAGCUUCCUCCCCACCCGGCCCUGGCCUGGACUCCAACUGCAAUGCCCUGACCACCUGCCAGGACCUCUCUUACCCAGGGCUGGAGGAGGAGGAGGAGGGUGGGGAGCAGGACCUCCUUACCUCCGAGCUCUCGGAGGCCGAGGACGGGAAGAGCCACACUGGGAAAACGGAACCCAGUUGGAAAAUCAACCCCAUUUGGAAAAUUGACACAGAGAAGACUGAAGCCGGCUGGAAAAUCACCGAGAACAAUAACUCUGGUUGGAAAAUCAAUGGGAAUACUAACUCUAGUUGGAAAGCUGAACCUGGAAAAUCUGACACCGGUUGGAAAACCAAUACAGGAAUAACCGAUCCUGGCUUGAAAACAGACGCCGAGAAGAGUGAUGGAGGACGGAGAAGUGACGUCAGCGAGGAGCCGGUGCCCCACCGGACAAUCACGUCCUUCCAUGAGCUGGCCCAGAAGCGCAAGCGGGGCCCGGGGCUGACCCUCGUGACGCAGGCCAAGAAAGACCGCAGUGACUGGCUCAUAGUCUUCUCGCCCGACAGCGAGCAGCCCCCCACCGGGUCGCUGGGCGGCUCCCCGGCGGCUCCCCGGGAAGUCACCACCUUCAAGGAACUCAGGUCCCGGAGCCGGGCCCCGCCCCCGCCAGUCCCGCCCCGAGACCCCCCAGCUGGCUGGGCCUUGGUCCCGCCCCGGCCCCCACCCCCACCUGUUCCUCCCCGGAGGAAGAAGAACCGACCGGGGCUGCAGCCUAUAGCCGAGGGGCAGCCCGGGGAGGGCAGGGAGGUCAGGCCUGGCGAGAAGGCCCCAGCCCCGGAGGAGCCGGAGGAGCCCGGUGCGCAGGCGGGCCUUGAGGCCCGUCCCCUCCUGGUCCCUCGGCCCCUGGUUUUCCGGUUCUCGGCCGACGGGCGCCCCCUGUUGGAGGGUGGGGGCGCGGGCACAGCUGGGUCUCUGCUCCUGGCGCCUCUGGCGGGUUGGCCCGGCGCGGGGCUGCGGCUGCUGGGGGCGCCCAGCCCCCCAGAGGAGCAGCUGCUGCCUGUCCGCCUGUCCCCUGUGGGAGCCUACUCGCCCCCGGCGCGGGGGGCCCUGUCCUGCCUGGCCAGCCCCGAGCUGGCCCUGCUGCUGUCCCCGCUCUUUCCCAGAAGCAGCACCUUCCCUGCCGCGGCUCCCCCACCCCGCCAGGUACCCGCCCCCCCGCUGCCACCGCCACCUCGUCCGCCGAAGGCCCCUCGCUGGACCAGGAGCCCACCGACUCCUCUCAGGCUACUCCGCAGUUCCUGGUCCUUCGCCGGUGUCCCCGGGGCCCAGCGACUGUGGAUGGCAGAAGCCCAGAGUGGGACCGGCCAGCUGCAGGAGCAGAAGAAAGGUCUCUUGAUAGCCGUCAGCGCCUCAGUGGAUAAAAUCAUCUCGCACUUUGGGGCGGCCCGAAACUUGGUUCAGAAGGCCCAGUUGGGGGACAGCCGGCUGAGCCCAGAUGUGGGGCACCUGGUGCUGACCACCCUCUGUCCGGCUCUCCAUGCCCUGGUGGCUGACGGGCUGAAGCCUUUCCGAAAGGACCUCAUCACUGGGCAGCGCAGGAGCAACCCCUGGAGCGUGGUGGAGGCAUCGGUGAAGCCAGGCUCCAGCACCCGGUCCUUUGGAACCCUGUAUAGCCAGGUCAGCCGGCUAGCCCCACUGAGCAGCAGCAGAAGCCGCUUCCACGCCUUCAUCCUGGGCCUCCUCAACACUAAGCAGUUGGAGCUGUGGUUUUCCAGUCUUCAGGAAGAUGCAGGCCUGCUGUCCCUCCUGUACCUGCCCACUGGAUUCUUCUCUUUGGCCCGGGGUGGCUGCCCCUCCCUGUCCACAGAGCUGCUGCUCCUGCUGCAGCCGUUGUCGGUGCUCACCUUCCACUUGGACCUGCUCUUUGAGCAUCACCACCACCUGCCCCUGGGCCCGCCUCAGACUCCUGCCCCGCCGGGCUCACCGCCAGCCUUGCAGCAGACUGUGCAAGCCAUGCUGCACUGGGGGGGUCGGCUGGCCCAGAGCCUUCGUGGGGCUUCUGAGGAGACCCCUCCAGGCCCUUCAGCCCCCUCAAGCCCUCCCAAACCAGGCAGCUGGUGGGAGCAGCUGACCCAGGCCUCCCGGGUCUAUGCCUCUGGGGGCACGGAGGGCUUCUCCCUUCGUCGGUGGGGAUCCAGGUGUCACGGGGCUGCGGCUGAGGAAGCACAGGAGAGAGCGCUGCCCACAGAGGACGCGGCACCAGGCAGAGGCGUGUGGCUGGGGAGACUGUUUGGCGUGCCUGGGGGCCUCACAGAAACUGAAAGCGGAACUCUGAAGUCCAGGAGACCAUCCAGCUGGCUGCCUCCUACAGUGAACGUGUUGGCUCUGGUGAAGAGGGUGGCACCUUCUGAGCCUCCCAGUUCACCCGAGGAGCUUGAGGCCUCAGCACCCAGCAUGGUGCAGACCCAACGGGCAGUCCGUGCUCUCUGUGACCACACCGCUGCAGGACCUGACCAGCUGAGCUUCCAGCGUGGGGAAGUGCUGCGUGUCAUCGCCACGGUGGAUGAGGAUUGGCUCCGCUGUGGGCGGGAUGGAAUGGAGGGGCUGGUACCUGUGGGGUACACCUCUCUUGUUCUCUAGGCCCAGGACCUUUUUCCUUCCCUGCAUAUGUCUCUCCCUCCUGUCACUUGGGAAUGGAAUGGCCUGUGAACACGAACCCUUGUAAACUGAUUUUCCCAGAAGCAUUUUCCCUGUCUGUAAAAUGAUACUUUCCUCCCACAUCCCUCUCUGCUAACAUGUGAAAUAAAAUUUCCUACUUCUCUCCCAUACCCACCUGUAAGUUGAAAUCUGCUCUUCUUCCAAAUAUAUACAAAGCACUUUUCCUCCCUGCAGUUUCUUUCCCACGUCCCCACCUGCAUAAGGGAACAUCUCCCUUUCUACCUGCAAAAUAGAAAUCUAGUCCCCAUCUACCUUCCUGUGUAAGUACUCUGCUAGUGCAGUAUAUGCCUCAGUUCCCAAGACUUGAGGGUCUCUAGUCUCCUUCACGUGUAUGAAUCUUCUCCCACUUUCCCCACCCCAUGUUGCCAAUAUUUAUUAUGUACUCAUGUUGUCCUAGGUGUUCAAGUCUGGAUACCCCUGGUGGGUGGGCCUAUGGUGUUGGAUAUGUCUCCUUCCUCCUUUGUCCCAAUAAAGUGUGGGAGUUGGA